AUGCGGGCACGCAACGCGCAGGAUGGCAUCUCCAUGAAGACGCUUUCCGAGGAGGGAGUCCGGAUCAGCACUAAGAAGCCCCGCAAGGCCGGCAGCACCGGCAGCAUGCUGUACGGCCGCUUCGUGAAGGCGGCCACGCUCACGGCACGCGGGGAGGAGUCCACGAAGCCGCCCACCGGCUCAGAGAGCAGCGAGGAGGAGGAGGAGGAGAAGCUGGACCUCUCUUCGGCCAGGAGGCUGACGGACGAGGAGCUGAUGCGAGCGUGCGGGGGCCGCACCGCACACAAGGGUGCCCGUCACGGCCUGACCAUGAGCGCCAAGCUGGCGCGCCUGGAGGAGCAGGAGCGAGCCUUCCUGGCCGCGUACCGAGGCAAGGAGCGGCAGCCCGCAGAGAGCAGCCCCCCAGGGAGGCAGGGAAAACGGAAGAAGAAAACAAGGGAAGAGCCUGGGGACGGGGCCGCUCCCGAGGGGCUGCAGAGCCAGGAGCCAAAGGAGGAGGAGGAGGACAGAGAAGAGCCCGUUGAGACAAAGAAGAAAAAGAGGAAAAAGAAGAAGGAGGACAAAGAAGAGCCGGCUGAGCCAGAGGUACCUCUGGAAGACACAAAUGGGCCAGACGAAGCUGGGCACAGCCCCAGGAAGAAGAGGAGGAAGAGGGAGCCGGAGUGA